CGUACACAGAAUAAGUACAAUUUCACAUUUAUGAACGAGAGAGAAUCUCUCUCCGUUCUUCCCUCUCUGACGCAUGCACGCCAGAAACAUGGUGCAGAUCUUCUACUAUGAGAAUCACGGCAAGUGCUGCCGUAAGAUUCUCAACUACGUCGGAACUCCGAGCAAAGUGCUUCUCUACCCGGACGAGGGCUACGUCAGCUCGCAUCAGAACGCCUACUGGUUGCUAAAGACGCCCUGGUGGAACCGCAACCGAUGUAAGAUCGUGGAAGUGUGCGGGAAUCGACGGACGAAAACCCGCGCGAAGGUGUACGACAACGGACACGGGAUGAUGUACAUCCGGGGUCGCUUCCGGGGGAAGACGGACGAACCGGAUUUUCUGUUGUGUCUGACCUCGAAGGUGUCGGACGAGGAUUUUCAGCUCGGGUACACGAUGACGGGGACUCUGGAGAGAGGGGAUGUUGCCUCGGGGAAGUUUAACCUCACGCAUUAUGCGAUGAUUAAGAGGAAGGACAGCUAGAUCUGUCUCCUGGACGCCUCCGCAAAGAGAACGGACAUGUACACCGCAAAGAGAAAGGACAGCUAGGCCUGACUCUUAGGCUCCUCCGCGUAGAGAAGGUACACCGCAAAGAGAAAGGAGAGGUAGUCUACGCAGUAGGUUUGUCUCCUGGACGCUUCCGUAAAGAGAAAUGUCAUUGCAAAGCCAAAGGAGAUGCAGGACUGUCGCCUGGGCGCCUGCCUCCGUAAAAAGAAAAGACACCGCAAAGAGAAUUAAAGUACAGUAUAGGCUUCUCGUCUUGUCGCCUCCACAGCUGAACUGCCUCUAGAGUGGCUGUAACUCUUGCUGCUAAUGCCACCGCCUGCGGCAACGAUGCUUAUAGUACUAGAGUUAAUGCACUAACGUACUACAAGGCGUGUCCCGAUAAAAUCAUAUAGCCGCCCUCUGCUGAUAGCUGAUAUACCGCCAUCUAUACGAAAUUAAAACCGCUCCGACAUAUAGUAGUAUAGACUUGUA